AGAGCAGCCAUUGUGCCCCUGCUCGGGUCUUCAAUGCUCUUAUGGAGUUCAUUGAAUUUUCUGAUCAUCUGCUCGGACCUCUAGAUCCGCAAUCAGUGCGACAAUGGCCUAGCGGAUCUGCUCUGCCGCAAGGUCGUCGGUCAUCCAUGGCAUCAAUCAAGGUUAAAGACUAUGCAUAACCAACGGUUAGGCGGCAGCGGCAGCGAUUUGUCCGAGCGGCUUCGUGAAGCUGACCGCGCUGGACAGCCCUUAAAUCAUGGCAAAGUCAGUGAUAUUAUACUGGUUUGUAUCGCACCACUGGACUUAUCAUGGGCCGACUAGAUUUUCUAGAAACGCGUCUCUCAGGCAAUAACAUGACAACCAAGAACAUCCUGGCUGCUUUGGCGAUUGUAUUUUGUUCGCUGGUCCUAUACUUGAGACAAUUACUGCUUCCCGUCGAUAAACGCAAUCACCCCAAAGGAAAGAAAUGGAAGCUCCCCCCAGGUCCCCAAGGCUUUCCAAUCUUGGGAAACCUCUUUCUCUUUGCAAAAGGCGAGCAAGCAGCCUAUGAACUCGCCAAGUUCGGAGAAAUGGCCACUGCGCAUCUUGGGUCUAAACUAUGGGUCAUCCUGAACAGUGAUAGAGUGGCUACAGAACUAUACGAUCGCAGAAGCCGUGUUACAAACGGGCGUCCUCAUUACCCAAUAGUUGGAGAUUUGAUCAGCCUCAAUAACCGCUCGGUCAUAAUGCAAACCGAUGGAUGGACAGAGCGACGUCGAGUAAUGCACCACUUACUUAAUGGGACUGCUCUCGUUCAAUACCAGUCUUAUCAGGACGAGGAAAGCAUUCGAAUGCUGUCUCGAUAUCUAGAGUCUCCUUCGGGCUGGUAUGAGCACCAUCACCACUAUUCCAAUUCUGUCAUUCAUCGCGUGACUUUUGGAGAGCGGCCGAAUGGCAACGAUGAAAAGGUGAAAGCGAUGGCUCAUGCGCAGAAGCUUUUUCUCUUAAAUUCGCCCCCAAUGAAUAUUUAUGACCACUUCCCAGAGCUUGCGACCUUGCCGCGAAUCUUUCAGUGGUGGAGAGCCAAAUAUGCCUCAAUUGGUCAACAAACGUUUGAGGCGUAUAGUGCCUACUGGAACCCCCACAAGGAAGCGAUCCAAGGCGGCCGCGCCCCUCCAUCGUUUGCUCGAGAUGUCCUAUGUGGAGAAGGAUCUUACAAAGGCAGCGAUGUCGACGCCAUGUUUCUUGCCGCACAGCUGGUGGAAGCAGGGAGCGAUACCACCCGAUUGACAUUAAACAUAUUUGCCUUGGCCGCGGCAACCCAGCCUGACAAGUACCUUCGUGCCCGGACAGAAAUUGACGCGCUAUGUGGCGACGCACAAAGAUUACCAUCUUUUGAGGACGAAAAGCAACUGCCAUAUGUCAAUGCAUUUGCCAAAGAGCUGCUCCGAUGGCGGCCGAUUUUUCUGUGGACUCCAGAGCAUACCUUGACCGAAGACCUGGCAUUCGAGGGCUAUCACUUCCCAAGGGGAACGCACUUCGUCAUCAAUCAAUUAGCUAUUUCCUCGGGGUCGGAGAAAGUGGUGGACCCACCUGAAUUUAGGCCAGAGCGAUGGCUUGACGGGUAUGAGUCAGACUUGACUCGUGGCAUUUGGCAGUUUGGAGGAGGGCGGAGAGUAUGUGUUGGCCACCGACUGGCCCAGAAAUCCUUGUUCAUUAACAUGGCGAGACUAAUCUACUGUUUUGACUAUGAAGCUAGGACGCCUUUUGAUACAAGAGACAUCAGCCACUUUGUCGAAGGAGAGCCAUUUCCAGUGACACCUCGAGUACGAAGUCCAAGUCACGCAAAGUUGAUAACUCAAGCACUCAUUGAAAAGAAGGUGUUGCCAUAGCUUUAGAAAAUAGAAGGUACUUUUGGUCUGUAUUCACAACAGUCAUGAGCCAAUCAGCCCAGCUACUAGAAAUGAGGGUGAUACUAUUGGAUUCCUCAUCUCUCAACGCAAUUUCAAGCUAGGCGGCUCAUGACGGUCGCAGCUGUAUCUGCCUAUCGUAGAGAAAGCAUCAAGCUGACCAUUAGAU